UUGGCUCCCUCUGGCGCCGAGAUACCUAAGAAAGCUGGUGCAAUGACCAAGGUUAAAAGCCAGAACAAGCAACCAGAGAGACCACUUCCUCCCUCAGGUCCUGUGGCAGUUGAUUCUAAAGGCUGUGUCACCAUAGCUAUCCAUGCGAAGCCUGGGUCCAAACAAAAUGCUGUGACAGAUUUGACAGCAGAAGCCAUAAAUGUAGCUAUUGCAGCACCUCCAUCAGAGGGAGAGGCUAACGCUGAACUCUGUCAGUAUCUUUCCAAGGUCUUAGAACUCAGGAAGAGUGAUGUGGUUUUGGAUAAGGGUGGAAAAUCUCGUGAAAAGGUGGUGAAGCUUUUGGCCUCCACAACUCCAGAAGAGAUCUUGGAGAAAUUGAAAAAGGAAGCCCCCCAAAAAGUAAAAGCAAGAAAUAAAAAUAUUCUUUUGAGAAAUAUUUUUAUUGCUAAUGAUGAAAAGGCUGUUAAAUAG